AUGCUUUUAAUUCGUCAAAAGGGAGAAAAUCGCGAUGGCCAUCCACGCCCUCCACCGCCACCGCUGUCGAUCUCGUUCAUCGGCUUCUCUCUAGUGUCAUCACAGCCGUCCUCCUCCUCUAUGCCACCGCUGCGGCUCCAGAUUUCUGCAACAGGCUUCGUCUUGCAGAAAUCUGGAGCCUUCGUGAAAAGAUUUCUCCAACAACAUCGAUUUCACCAGAUCUCGGCCGAAUUGAGAUUUGUUAUGAUGCCACUGGAGAUAAUGUUGGAGAUGUUGUUUUACUUCGUUGGAUUCGUGUCUGCUUCAUCAAAAAUUGGCCGCGCAUUUCUCUGGCCUCCUCAUGCCAGUAACCUUGCCCCAGUAUUUUUCCUAGUAUAA